AUGUCCAAAAUAAGGGGGUCGACCCUAUUGAGGGCCCUAAACAUAUCCAUUUCGAUCAUAUCGGACAAAGUGAUAGUCUUCACGAUAUUCAUAGUCUAUGUUCUGAUUGGAGAGCACUUGAGCGCCGAGAAGGUGUUCGUAACGAUGGCUAUAUUCAACACAAUACGGCUCACAAUGACCUUCUUUUUCCCGAAUAUGAUAGGCUAUGCCGCGGAGAUAUACGUCUCGUGCAAAAGGGUCCAGGUGUGUGAUCCGGUAAAAGGCAUUCAGUAUAAAGACAGUGAUUUGGAUGUCAAGAAAAAUAGCGACGGCUUUAAUAUAGCCUUAAUUGACGCACAAAUGACUAAUCGAUGCAACGAUGGGAACAGUAUUAUCGUGGACAACCUGUCGGCCAAAUGGGAUAUUGACUCUGAUAUAAUAACCCUACAAAACAUAUCAUGCAGUUUACAAACCGGUGAAUUGUUAGCUGUUGUGGGGCCGGUAGGCUCGGGAAAGAGCUCAUUCCUGAUGUCUCUGAUGAAUGAGAUUGAAGUGACUACCGGUGCCGUCAAAGUAGAGGGUAUUAUAGCCUACGCCCCGCAGGAGUCGUGGGCUUUCAACGCAACUAUUCUGCAGAAUAUUCUGUUUGGAAAGCCUUACGAAUUUCAGAAAUUCCGUCAAAUAAUGUCCGUCUGCGCGAUGGACAGGGAUUUAAAGCAAUUUCCGUUUGGAGAGAAGACAUUAGUCGGGGAAAGGGGUGUGUCGUUGAGUGGCGGGCAGAAAGCUAGACUCACGUUAGCACGUGCCCUCUAUAGCGACGCCGAUAUCUAUUUACUGGACGACCCGUUAAGUGCCGUCGACUCCGAUGUCGCGAAACAUAUCUUUGAAAAAUGUAUAACAGGUUACCUGAAAUCAAAAGCUGUUGUUUUAGUCACACAUCAAAUCCAAUUCAUACAAAAGGCUACCAAAAUACUAGUGCUCAAAGAGGGCCGACCCCUAGCCUUUGGGUCGUACAAAGGAUUGUGUGAAUCCGGUAUUGAUUUUAUGAAUUUAAUACAAACAGAAGUGAAGUCCGAAAGUAAGUCCAAAAGCGAUGAAAUAAUUAGCGAAGAGCUGAUGGCUUCGCAA